CAUAUAAUUCUGACCCAAAUUGACACCAAAGUGAGUAGAUCUAUUAAAAAAUAUUGCAACCCGAAUUGGGGUUUUACUUUUUAUCAUUGAUCCUUCUCUUCCCUCUGCCGCCGCACCCUGCAAAUUCAAUGGCUUCAGAGAAGAAACUAUCGAACCCAAUGAGGGAAAUAAAGGUGCAGAAACUCGUCCUCAAUAUCUCCGUUGGUGAGAGUGGAGAUCGUCUCACCAGAGCCGCCAAGGUUCACCUCACUCCUCAUAGCUUCCACUUUUUUUUUAAAAUAUUUUUUUACAAUUUUCAAUUUCUGAUUUUCUUCCUGCAGGUGUUGGAACAGCUUAGUGGCCAAACCCCAGUGUUUUCCAAAGCAAGGUACACUGUUCGGUCCUUUGGGAUUAGAAGAAAUGAGAAGAUUGCAUGCUAUGUCACUGUUAGAGGUGAUAAGGCUAUGCAACUUUUGGAGAGUGGUUUAAAGGUGAAGGAAUAUGAACUUCUCAGAAGGAACUUCAGUGAUACUGGCUGCUUCGGCUUCGGUAUUCAGGAGCAUAUUGAUUUGGGAAUCAAGUAUGAUCCUUCAACUGGUAUUUACGGAAUGGAUUUCUUUGUUGUUCUGGAGCGUCCUGGCUAUCGCGUGGGACGUCGCCGAAGGUGCAAGUCCCGUGUUGGAAUUCAGCACCGUGUCACAAAGGAGGAUGCUAUGAAGUGGUUCCAGGUGAAAUAUGAGGGAGUGAUCCUUAACAAGUCUCAGGCAAUUGUUUAGUUAGAAUUGAGUUCACUUUAGGAGUGUGUUAUCAGUUUUGUCAACUAUAGUUCGAUCUUUCUGGGAUGGUGUCUUAAUUUUGAGGCAGGUUUUGAAUCAAUGUUUGUUAUUUCAGUUUAGUGAUGAAGCACUUCGAUUAACAAUACCCUUUUAAACGACACUUUUAUUGCAACGAACUUGUGAACCCCUAGAUAUGCAGUUAUGGUUGGAAAAAA